GGUAUGAAUUUUUACUUUUGGCUACGAUCAUUUGUCUACGGAACAGCGUCGCGUUGAGUUCGUUAGAUAGUUGCAGCGCAUAAACUCGACAAUAAGUCAGGGUUUAAUAUAAAAAAAAAACCAAUAUAAAGAAAUUAAACUGCGGUCUUGCACCAGAGACCACACAUCAAACACAUCAGAGCCGAAAGGGCCGCGACCAAGACAAGUGUUGAGUGCGCGUUUCACGACGGCAAAAGGCAAAAGAAAGGCGACAAAGCCAACAAAUAGUACUUCCAGCUGCAAUUAAAUUUGUUUUGUGUGUAAAUCUGUGAAGAAAGUUCGGAUUUGGAGUGGCAAUUACGAAACUUGGCUUUCCGCCAGCAAAAGUUCGUUUUGUGUGUGAAGUGAAACCGAAACGAAACGAAAACAAAAACCCAACAGAUCCCAAGCACAAACCAAUUGAUAAUGGGUCAUCUCGCUACAUCGGAGCGUGUGUGCAGCACGACGCCAGUGUCCAGCACAGGCGACGGAAGUCCGCCGUUGAUGACUCGCCGUGCCAAGCUGAGCAGCGAGUCGCAGGCUCGUCGCGGCGAGGAUUCUUCUCCGGAAUCGAUGCCACGCGCCAAGCAACAGCCGCCGCCGGUACAGAAUAAUAUAAUGGGGCCACCGGCGUCAAGGAAUAUUCCACAGCAUUUAGUCGAUUACAUACCCAAGGAUCAAAUCGAUAUGGAGAAAUACACGCGCAAUUUUAAGGGCGACAAUAUCCUCGGCUGGCAAUUCAAUGCGCCUCUCAAAUGGGACAAAGUCAUUCAGAUAUCACUGCUCCAUAUCGCUGCCGGAAUCUGUUUGAUCACUUAUCCGCUGGUCGAGCUGAGGUUGCCCACAGUCCUCUUUUCCUUCUUUAUGGGCGGCGUGGCGGGCUUUGGAGUCACAGCAGGCGCACAUCGUUUUUGGACACAUCGCAGCUACAAAGCGAACUCCCUUCUACGGACUCUUCUGAUACUCAGCUAUUCAGUGGCUGGCCAGAACACUUUGUAUGAUUGGGUGCGUGAUCAUCGUGUGCAUCAUAAGUAUUCGGAAACGGAUGCAGAUCCUCAUAAUGCAAAUCGCGGCUUCUUCUUCUCCCACGUCGGUUGGCUGAUGAUGCUCAAGCAUCCGGAUGUCCUGCGACGCGGCAGACAGAUCGAUAUGUCAGACAUUUUGGCCGAUCCUGUAGUGCAAUUCCAUCAAAAGUAUUUUAUUUUGCUGAAGGUCCUGCUUUGCUUUCUCCUGCCCACCAUAAUACCCGUCUACUUCUGGGACGAGACCUGGUACAAUGCCUUUGUCCAACAGUGCCUCUUCCGUUAUGUAUUCAGCUUGAACUUUACCUGGUCGGUGAACAGUGCUGCUCAUCUCUGGGGAUCCAGGCCAUAUGACAAACGCAUCAUGCCCAGUGAGAAUAUCUAUGUCUCGAUCAUGGCCAUGGGCGAGGGCUGGCACAACUAUCAUCAUGUCUUCCCCUGGGACUACAAAGCAGCUGAGCUGGGCAACUACAAGGUCAACUUCACUACCAUGAUUCUCGAUACAUGCCAAAAACUGGGCUGGGCUUGGGACAUGAAGCAACCAUCCAAGGAGCUGGUUCGUCGCACCCUCGAAAAAUACGGGGACGGCACACACGAUUCUCAAUUGGGAGCUGCAACACCGACUGCUGACAAAGUCAUCAACAGCACCAAUCAGAAGGUCGGACAUCUGCAUUAUUCCGAGGUUCCUGAUCCUGAACUGGAAUACGAUGCAGAGUCAAGCAGCACUGAGAGUGCCAAACUGGAUGAGAAUGAUAACGAAAGCGAGCGACAGAAGAAAAAGAAGUUGGCAAUCUAAAAUGGGAUUGCAACUGGAUGUUGCCAAGGUUUACUUAAGGGUAGAACUCUGAAAUGUACAACAGCAAUACCAACACGAUUGAUGUUUUUCUAAUUCUAACACUUAACUCAUCUUAUAUUAAAUGCGUGGUCUUGUCAUACAAAGAGCAGGCCACGAAUGGCUGUUCUAUAUAUACUUAUAUAUAUAUAUAUAUACAUAUACAUAUAUAUCUGUAUAGCCAAGUAUCCGCAUCUUGAGCGUCUUGGGCGUGGGCGGGUCAUGGUCAAUAAUUUUAUAUUAUUCAUUAAUAUUUUAUUUCUAAUUGCAUAAUUGUUAUUAUUCUUACUUAUUCUUAUUUCGAAAUCACACUUCAAAGUGCAAACGCGCGUCAGGACAGGUACUAAAAAAACCCGCACACACGCACAUUUUCCUACACCUAUACUUCCCCUCCCAAACAUCCCUAUCGAUAUCCAUGUACUCCAUAUAUUCAUUUGUGUAGGUUUAGGUAUUCUAGAUUGAUACGUCAUUAUUUAAGAAACAAUUUACAAUCUACAAUUUACAAAUU